GGAGAUGUAAAUGAAUUCGCAACUCGAAGUCGGCAAACCCCUCUUCGACUAUCCACACUAUAAUCACGAGGAAGACUUUGCUCCUGUUUUGAUCCAACAUUAAAAAAAAGGAGGUCCCAAACAUGGAAAGUAUGCAUCAUAUUCAUCUUUGAGCCUCUACUUAAAGCCUCUCCACUCCCCCUUCCUUCAUCCCACCUCAUUACAUCUUUGGCCACCAAACCAUCCUCUGUUACUCUCUCUCUCUCCAAGCUCCACAGGAUAGCUGCCAUGUCUAGGUCAACCACCUUCUUUGUGAUAGCUCUUCUCCUCUUCGUCUCCCUCGGCGAAGCAGCUCGGCAUGCGCCAGCAGAUCCAACAAAUACCCAAACGGAGGGUGUAGAAGAGGACAGUUUCGAGAAAAUGGAUGAGGAGUGUGGAGGGGUUGGCAAGGAGGAGUGCCUGAUGAGGAGGACGCUUGCGGCUCACACAGACUACAUCUACACCCAAGGGAAGAAGCACUGAUAAGAGCAGGAACAGCCCUGCUACCCAUGGAUUACUUGUUAGCUCUUGCACUACCAUUGUUGCAAGGAUCUUAUGCUGAAUCCUACCUCUGUGGCCUUGUCUUGUCCUCUUGGGACUCCUUGGGUUUGUGGUUACAUGUAUAUGAGAAGGAACUGAUGAAUGUUUUGGAAUAAAAUGCGUGGAAUUUAUCCUGCA